AUGGAUGCCGCCGGCAGGAAUUCGACCGCAUGUCACAAUGUUUUCGCUGACGAGAACUCCUUCGUGCAGAGUUGGAAGCGCUCAGAUCGCGUUCCACCAGACCAGCACCCCUGGCUACCAACGUCAGGGCUGCAGCUGAAGACGAUGUGGUGGGCACCGAUCAUGUGGCUGGUGGUGUUGGUUCCGCUUGCCGUGAUGCUGUGCAUGGCAACCAAGCCAGACAAGGGUGCUACAGAAGCCCUGCUGCACAGCCGAAACCAGGAAUUCAGAGACUUCGAGGUGGAAGCGGGCAACUCUUGCAAGGAUAUGCAUCUCGACGUCGCCGGUCUCCGGGACAUCUGGCUACGUGAAGUCCAGAGGCAAGGGCCGAAGGGGGCCAACUUGCUCAAGGUCUUGUUGCAGCACUGCAUCUCCGAAAGUUGGAUGGCGAACGCCUACGGCACCUUCCUCGGGGCCCUGGCUUUUCUUUGCAGUUUGUCUCUCUCCAUCGCUCUUGGGCAGCUGCUUGCUGGUGUCCGAAGGGCAUCGCCGUCCUCCGACAGGUUCGAUGGGUGGAUGAUCGUCUUGGCCUGUGCAGUGCUGCCUUGUGUUGUGGGCUGCUUGGAAGCGGAGAGCUGCACGAGGAACGCUCGCUUCAGCGCACGGAGCAGCGCGGCCUUGAUGGGCCUCUUGGGUGCCAAAGCGCAGCAACUCCCGGCCACCAAGGCUGGCACGGAUCCGCUUGCAUCCCUCGGUGGCAUUGAAGGGGCAAUGCGAAUCUCCGACCAGAUCGGAGAGGCCGUGCCUUGCCUUUGGCGCGCUGCCAUGGCUUGUGCACAGGCGACCGUGCUUCUGGCGUGGCUGUGGACACGGUUCGGCGCUUUGGUUUGCCUGGCACCGCUAGGCUUUGCCCCGCUUCUCGUCGUGACAGCGUGUCGACUACACGGCUUGGUCGAGGCUUACGUCUCCUACGAGACUGCCGCCCAGCUUCGGCAAGACUUUGUCAGUGACGCCCAGUCCAAGCAGGGCUUGCCCCAAGUGCCGACGCAGAAUUUCUUGGAGCGUGCGCAACGUCUUCGGCGUGAGGAGCUGGACUUCUUGUGGAUGAUGCACAAUGUGAGCUACCAGGUAGCUUUGUUGGCAGCACGUUGGCCACAGCUGGUUGCCCUCGCCUGCAUCGUGACGAUUUCCAUCGUAGCCCCUCAACAGCCAGAGGUCCUGCUUCCUCUGUUUCUACAAGUGCACUGCUUGCUGCGACAGCUGUCGGUCUGCAGCAGCUCCGUAACGAAGCUCGGCACCGCCAAGCCUUCCUUGGCUCGAGUGGAGGCCUUCCUGUACCGCCCUGAGCUGGAGAAGGCGAUACUUCAGGACCCCGGCCUGUGCCUUCAUCUCACUGGGAGCUUCGCCUGGGAAGACAGCGAGAUCGAGUCUUUGCCAGUCUUGGUCGACUUGGACUUGAAGGUGCCCUGUGCUGCGCUCCUGGCUGUCUUGGGUACCUCGGGGGCAGGAAAGACGUCUUUGCUGUACGCAGCUGCUGGUGCACUUCGCCCGCUGGCAGAUGCCUGCAUGCGCAGGACACCUUCUGCUCUGCUACUCCCAUCGAAGCCCUGGAUUUUUCCAGGAUCAUUGCAAGACAACAUUGUGUGUGGCAGAUGCUUAGAUCUGGACCGCUACCAGACGGUUGUCAAGGCGACGGGUCUUGAAGCGCUUGGUCAAGACAGCGAUCCGGCCUCUUGGGACACAGCCAAAGUUGCUCUGGCCCGUGCUGCGUACGGUCAAGAGGAGCUGGUUCUCAUGGACGAUCCCUUCAAUGGAAUGGCGGCUGCAGAUGCAGAGAGAAUCAUCCGUGAGGUGCUGCAGGGUCCGCUCUUUGAGGGGCGAUGCUGCAUCGUGGUUUUCAGCAGCAACACGGCUCAGCUUUCCGAAGGCUUUUCCGGCGUCAUCUUGGAGGGUGGCGCCGUGGCAGCUGCGGGGAGGGCCUUGGACUUGUCGAAAGUGGCGUGCGGCUGGGCUCCCGAAGGAAGGUCGAGUCACCCGCCUUCCGCAACGCGGCGACCCCUGGGAGCCGGCAAGCUGGAGCAGGCGCAGAAGCAGGGCCAGGGCGGCUCCGAGAAGGGCGCGGCGGGGGGCGUGUUUGGUGCCCUGGCCUUCCUGAGACUGGCGGGAAGAGGCCGAGUCACGUGCGUGUAUUUGCUGCUCCUGGUGGACCAAAUUCUGCAGACUGGACUGGACUGGGUCCUGCUUGUCGCUGCUCUCCAAGUCCGUCAGAACAGAAGUUUCUUUUCUUUUAAUUGGCAAUUUGCGAUUUGCUGGGUCAACUUGAUGUUGAAAGUCGUCUUGGCGCGAGCGGCUGCCUCAUGUUGUGCAGCUGCGGGUGAAACGUUUCAUCAGCAGUGGCUCUUGCGAGUGACGAAAGCCACCAAUGCCUCAGCCUCCAAUGUGGUGACGCGGGACAUGAAAGUGGUUGACAUCGGCCUUUCGCAUCAGGUCUGGGUUCUGUUUGCAAUGCUUUGCAGCACGCUUGGAUUGCUAUGCUUGGUGCAUGUCCGACUACCUCAACCACUAUUUGGACUGCUCUUAGCAUUACCCGCUUAUGUGACGGCGUGUUGGUGCCUCCUGAAAAGUUUCCGACAGCGCGUGGAUUUUCACAGGAAGCAGUGCGCCUGCAAAUCUUCUGUUUGCAAACUGCUGCACGAUUGCUGCGCUCCUGGAAUGGCAGCACGACUCAUGGCGAAGGAGCCUUACGUGCUGGAGGUGGAGGAGAAGGCCCUGCAAGCUUACGCUCGUCAACACGCGGCGACUGCAGCGCCCUCGGCGGCCUUGAUGGUGCAGCUGUCUCUCUGUCUCAGCGCUGUGUACACCGUGGCUGCCGUGCUGACCAUUUCGAACAGCGAUGAUGUGAUGGAGGUCGGUUUGACCUUGGCCCCGCUGGCCCUGCUGGUGCACUUCCUUUUGCCCUGCAUCGAUGCUCUACAUGGCUUCGAGGACGUCGGUGCGGCUGCCGGUGGCCUCGUGCACGAGCUCGAGGAGCAAAGAGCUACCUUCACUACCUGA